GCAUGCGCGGUGGAGUGACGUGUCGAGAAAAGUGUCAAACAAGAAGGACGUAAAAAAAAAAAAAAAACAGCUACAAAAUGAACGAAAACUCUCCAGAAGCGGACUAAAAGUUGUUCAUUUCAGUCGUCUCCGACCGAUUGGAUGCGCUAAUCAAUGGAGGGAUAUGUUCUCAAAUGAGUCUUUUGUAUGCUAGCUCCUCCUCCUCCGUUAAGUUGAGGAAAUCGAGUUUAAACUCACAUUUGACCGUCCAGCUAAAAGCGGAAGCUAACUGGAGUAGCAUGGAAGUAGCCGGCCGAUGGUGUUAGCUUCGAUUCGUCCAUUUUAGUUUCCAAUUUUAUCGUCACAUAUUUCGUCUCGACUCGCUACCCGGUUCUUUGGGCUGGUGGUGGAGAUGUCUCGCAGGCGGCUGGACAGUCGCAGCGGUCCUGCCGCCGCUGGGCUGCUGGCCGAAAGUCACACACCAAUCAGCGCGGAGCCUAUGGACGCUGUGUUCGAAGUCACCGGGGAACUGGGAAGGGGCAAGUUUGCGGUGGUGAAGCGCUGCGUGGAGAAAGCCACAGGCAAAGUGUUUGCAGCAAAGUUCCUACGAAAAAGGAGGCGGGGUCGUGACUGCCGGGCCGAGGUAGUCCAUGAGAUGGCAGUCCUGGAGACGGCCCGGAACAAUCCAAGGGUGGUCAACCUGCACGCCGCUUAUGAGACGGAUCACGACAUCGUCCUCGUGCUAGAAUACGCCGCAGGCGGAGAGAUAUUUGACCACUGUAUGUCUGAUGAGCUGCUGCCUGAGGCACAGAUCACCCGUCUGAUCAGGCAAACGCUGGAGGGAGUUCACCACCUCCACCAGAGUAACCUGGUGCACUUGGACCUCAAGCCCCAGAAUAUCCUGCUGACGAGUCUUUCCCCUCCCGGGGACAUAAAGAUUGUAGACUUUGGCCUGGCACGCAGAUUGGGCGCGGUUGGGGAGCUCAGAGAGAUUCUUGGCACACCUGAGUAUGUGGCGCCAGAAAUCCUGAAUUAUGAGCCCAUCACAACAUCAACGGACCUUUGGAGCGUGGGGGUCAUCGCUUACAUGCUAGUGACGGGCGAGUCUCCAUUUGCCGGCGACGACAAGCAGGAGACGUACCUUAACGUGUCUCAGGUUAACGUGGACUACAGCCGGGAGGCCUUCUCCAGAGUUUCUGAACUGGCGGUAGACUUCAUCCGUAAGCUGCUGGUCAAAGCACCCGAGGAUCGUCCCAGCGCCGCAGACUGCAUAAGCCAUCCUUGGCUGUGGCAGCAGCAGCAUUUGUACAUGAGCCCUGAGCCGGCUUCCACCCGCGGCGCCCGCGAGCGGAGCUGCGGCACCAAGUGGGCGGCGCCUCCACCCGAAGACCCCGAGGACAAGGAGAACUUCCUGGAGUCGUCGUCGCCGCCGCAUUCCCAAGCCAAACGCUUCCGCUUGGACGAGGAGGCGCUUCUUGGAGACGGUGACUUGUGAAAAGAAAAAGGAAAUAGCUUUUAAAUUGGUUUUAAGACCAACAAGUGACUUUUUUUAUACUCCACUUAAUUUGUUAAUUGCAAGAUUAACACAAGCCAAAGAUAAUCAUCUUACUGAUCCACCGUCGUUGGGUUUUGUCAUCCCAUUUGUCGCCAUUGUGUCGAACUGGAACUGUUAUUAGAACUGCAAGAUGAUGGCUCAUGGGCAGUAUUUUGUAGAAAUCAAAGCAGUAUAUUCAACCUAGCUGUUUUACCGAAACAAGCUACACACAUACUGAUUUUUUAACGUCUUAACUGAUUUUUUUAAAAUUGUGAGACCUGACACGGUGUUUUAACUGUUCUUAUAGUGUAUUGCAUACACACACAGAACGAUAUUUGUUGAAGUACCAAGAGUGUCCCAUGAGAGGCACCAUGGUGCCAAACUUGGUGUUGACAUUCUUUGGCCCUGGUUGUUUUCUGAGUAGAUUGGGAAGGAAAAAUCACUGAGCCAUAUUAUCCUCUGCUGGGGGUGGUGUGUUUAGUGACAUCCCGUUUUAUCACAAGUGAGGGACAAUGCUAAGAUUCAUCCAGAUUGUCGGUAUUUGUGAACCCCUUUUAAAAUGUUGGAAUCGGUUGACCACACCAAUAAGGAAUUGCAAUUGUGAGCAUUGAGCAUGUUAAACAUUUACAAUUGUGACUGUUUUAUGAGCAGGGAUGAAAAGUGAGUCUUGACACACCCGACACCAGAAGGAUAAUCGUUCAGAAACAUCCGAAAAUCGGUCCUUCGCUUACUUUGGUUGUAUUUUCACUUGUAGUAAUUUGCCUGUCAGUGUGUGUGUGUGUGUACACCGCUUAAGAUGUUGAAAGUUGGUUGAGCACACACAUAACAAUUUGCGAUCGUGAAUUUUGAACGUUAUUUACAAUAGUGACUGUUUUCCAAGCAGAUCAGGGUGGGUGAAUCACUCAACACACCCCACACCAAGGGAUAAUCAUUCAAAACAUCUGAUAAUUGGACCUUUGCUGACUGUGUGUGUGUGUGUGUGUGUGUAGCAUGCUAAAGAUGUUAAAAAAUGGUUGACAUCACACACAUGGAUUUGCGAUCGUGAUGUUGACCAUGUUUAACGUUUACAACUGUGACCAUUUUCCGAGCAGAUUGGAAAGUAAAAAAUUACUAUUACCAAACCAUAUACCACACGAUAAUCAUUCAGAGACAUUCAAUAAUCGGGCCUUUGAUGGCAAAGGAGAGAAAAUGCUCACAUUUGGCCCAAUUGUCAGUAUAUGUGUACCCUGCUUUCAUUGCUGUAUAUACAUAUAGAUUUCAAAUUUAACAGUGCAAUCUGAAAAACAGCCUUUGCCAGCACAAAAGCACAUGUUUUGAAUAUUUAAAUUUAGCUCAGGGGUUUUUAGAAGAAAAGUAUAUUUUAAUCGUUCCGGUUUAGGCCUUUAUGUAUACUCAGUGUUAAUCCGAUUCUCAGGUGAUCAAACGGAAGUUAAUUCUGUCUUCUCAACUCAUAACGCCACCGUUAUUGUUGUUGUUGUUUUCCCUGAGCUUGCUAUAACAGUCCUGCUAUGGCUGCUCAAACAAGUUCCUCCCAAGUUCCUAUCGUCCGCCUGCAGAAAAGAGAACCACCGUUUAGCACUUAACUUCCUCAUGAACAAAGUUGUUUAUCCAUUCACGCUUCUUUUUAUAAGGAAGGCUCUUUAUGUAUGGAGAGAGAAGGGAAAAAAACACUGCUCACUUGUGUUAUUCCUAACGUCAUUCCUAUUGUUUUUAUUUAUGUGCUGGAUUUAUACUUUUUAUUAUUAUUUGUAUGUAAUUUACAGGAAAGAUGAUGUUGAGUAAGGUUUUAGGUGUGUGGAAUGGUGGAGAGUGGUGAGAAAUUCAGGGAAUUGAGAAGGUAGAAAGAAGGACUGGCUUUUUUAUGUGGUCAAACUGGACGUGAUGUCGAUGGUUUUCCGUUGGAAGUAUAGCGUUGAGGUUAAAGGUAUGUGGGUGCGGAAAAGCUUUUUAAUGAGAGCUAAAUACUAGGUGGCCUUGGUAUGGCGUGAAAGAGUGACUCGUUUCUCUGCAUCGUUGUUUCUUGUUGUCUUUUUGUUGUUGUUUUCAUCUCAUACUGUCACCA